AUGGAGACAUAUCACGGAUUCGUGCGGACGCCCGCAGACGCCAUCAAGCUCUUUGAGGCUUGCCGACUCGGCCUCUUGCCUCGCGUCCAGCGCAGACUAUCAGAGAAGGAACGCCAGUCCAUCCGGUCAGGCUCGGUCUUUGUUUGGGACGAGCGGGAAGCGGGCAUGCGGAGGUGGACCGACGGAAAGUCAUGGAGCGCCAGCAGAGUAUCGGGAAGCUUCCUGACCUACCGCGAGAUGGAGGGCAAGCGCGGCAGCGGCUUCGGCGGCGGCAGACGGGGUGCCGGCAAGACGCCCGAUUCUGGCCGCGGUAGCGACGAGGACCAAGAGGACGGCGAGCCCGAGGGCUACAGAUACAAGGCCGACGGCCUCAUGAAGCAGUCUUUCAGCAUCACCACCUCCACCGGCCAGCACCUCCACCUCAUCUCCUACUACUCGAGGCCGCACCCCGGAUCACCAGAGCUCCAGCAACCGAGCACCGACCCUCAGCUUAGGCACAUCACCCCCAUGAAGGGCAUGUACCCGGAGUCGAGCCUCCACGACAGCAACCCCACGCCCGCCCUAACAAGAGGACCGAUGCUGCAGCAGACUCCCUACAUGGCGCAACAGCACCCUCAGCAGCCCAUGCCGCCGCAAGCCUACCCGCCUCAAUACGCCCAGCAGCAGGGCUACUCGUGGCCUCCCUCGCCCGUGGCCACUCCUCCUUACAGCCACUACACAACCUCCCCCUACCCGGCUCAGCAACAUCAGCCGCAACACCAGCUGCCGCCUCCUCAGGUCUCGCACUCGCCCGCCCAGCCUCCUCACUACGCGCAUGCGCCUCCUCACCACCUCUCCCCCUACGACCGGGCGCCCCUGCCCCCGCCGACCGUGCAGAAGCCGCUGGCCCCCUAUGCGCCUCAGCACCAGUCUCCCCGCCUGGCCCAUAUCCAGCAGCCGCAGCACCAGUCACCUCGCCUGGCCUCGAUCCAGCAGCCGCGUGCCUCGGAGUCUCCCCGCAUCUCCCACCUGCAGGCCCAGGCCGCCCAAGCCGCCCAGGCCGUCAUGGACCCCAGGCUCGGCCCUCGCAACAACGGCAACACCCUCCCGGGAAUCAACGCCGUUUCCAGCGCCCCCUCCAACAGCCACCCGCUCACGCACACUCCUCCCAACCGCACGCUGUCUGUCUCGCCGCCGAGAAGCUCGCACUCCGAGGUCAACGGUGUCGCGCCCCUGCCGAACAAGGCCAGCUUGUCCGCCCUCUUGCUGCACCCUACCCCUUCCAGCUCCGAGGUCAGCAGCGCAAACCUCAACAGCGCCAACAACUCGCCGCGGACUGGCGGCGCCCUCGGCGGCCUGCCGCCGCCGGUCGACCGUCCGGCCAACAUGAGCCACGACGUCAAGGCUCUCCAGGCCCUGGACCGCAAGUUCUGCAUCUGA